AUGACAAGUCCCGAGUUCUUUGGGAAACGCUCUUUUGCCACGAUCUCCGCACAGCAGCAACCGGUCCCUAACAAAAUUCGAAGAGUAAUGGACUGCCAAACUGAGGAGGAAGAAACCUGUGAAGAGCAGUAUGAAGCUGAAAACUGCACUUGCAGCUCCAAGCGUGCAUCAUCCACAGCAGAAUCCCACUCAGAUUCCCCAGUAACUCUUAAAAUACUGCAGAACUGGGUUCCUAGAGUUUCCCACUACUUUGAUAAAGAGCACUACCUAUAUGUUGGCCACCAGAUUGUCAUUCAGGAGUCCAUAGAACACUUUGGAGCUGUGGUAUGGCCGGGGGCACUGGCUUUAUCUCAGUAUCUGGAAUCAAAUCAAGAACAAUUCAACCUCAAAGACAAAAAAGUUUUGGAAAUUGGCGCUGGAACAGGCUUGGUUUCCAUUGUGGCCUGUAUCUUAGGAGCUUAUGUUACAGCUACUGAUUUGCCUGAAGUUCUUGAAAAUCUCUCAUAUAAUAUUUCAAGAAAUACACAGAACAUGAAUAUGCACAAACCUGAAGUGAGAAAACUGGUAUGGGGAGAAGGCCUCAACGAAGACUUCCCUGUAUCAACUUACAGCUAUGAUUUCAUACUGGCAACUGAUGUUGUAUACCAUCAUGCAGCUCUGGACCCCCUGCUAGCAACAAUGGUGUAUUUUUGUAAGCCAGGAACAGUAUUACUAUGGGCAAAUAAAUUCAGAUUCACUGCAGACUAUGAAUUUUUGGAAAAACUUUGCAAUAUAUUUAACACAACCAUUCUAGCAGAAUUUCCAGAAUCAAAUGUCAAGCUGCUUAAAGCCACAGUAAGAGAGAAUUAA